AUGCGGGGUCUUCUCUCGUGGUCCGCCGUGGCAGGCGUGCUGACUACAGCGUCGGCGAUAGCCAUUCCAUCUUCCAUCCAAAAGCGGGAUACCUGCACUGGACCCACUGCCUCUUCUCCCAGUUCAUACUGGCUGCUUGAUCAAGACCACACUGGCAAUUCUCGCGGCUACGCUCCUGAGGUCUCCAACGCCAACUAUCCUGUGUGGCGCAAUGUAAAAGACUACUCGGCAUCCGCCGAUGGAUCCGGCGACCAGACCGGCAGCAUCCAGAAUGCCAUUAACGACGAUGGCUCUAACGGCAGCCGUGAAAGUCAGGGCGUCACCAGGUACCCUGCUGAAGUCUUCCUUCCUGGAGGAACAUAUCAGCUGGGAAGCACCUUGAACCUCCGCGUGGGUACUGUGAUCACUGGUGAUCCAUUGAACCCGCCGGUUCUCAAGGCUUCAUCCGAUUUUAAUGGCGAUACUCUCAUUAAUGGCUUCGAUAAGCAGAACGGCCAGCCGGAGACUAGCUUCAUGACUCUGCUGCGCAACGUGGUUAUCGAUACCACGGCCGUCAAUAAAGACACUACCAUCACCGCAUUGCAGUGGGGUGUUGCUCAGGGCUCAGGCUUGACAAAUGUCAAGAUCAACAUGCCCUCCAACUCGAAUGGACACACUGGUAUCGAGAUCACCGGCGGUUCAACCAUCGCCGUGACGGACGUCCAAAUCACCGGUGGAGUAAUCGGAAUCAAGAACUCCAACCAACAGGUCAACUUUAAGAACAUCUAUUUCAAAUACUGCACCACCGCGUUCUUGGCAUCCGGAGGCCACACGGCUCUUCUGCAGGGCGCUACCUUUGACACCGUCGGACUUGGUAUUGACAUGAGCGGCAAUGGUCUCGGAAGUCUUGUUCUUCUUGAUUCUAAAUCCACCAACUCUGGCACUGUGGUGAAAUUUCACGACUCCUCCAACGACGGCGGCGCCAGAAACAGCCAGCUUCUGAUUCAAAACCUCGCUCACGACACGAACAAUGCGAUCGCCGUGGACAGCAAUAACAGUGUGAAGCUUGCUGCCGCUGCCUCGGUCGAUACCUGGGUUUGGGGAAACCUUACUCCUGGUCAAUAUGAGACGGGCACUAAGUUCGCAACCAGCCGCCCAGACGUGCUUCUCUCCAACGGCAAAUACUUUACUCGAGCGCAGCCUACCUAUGCUGAGUAUGCCUCCGACCAGGUCGUCAACGUCAAGUCCGUCGAUGGGCACACAGUGAAGGGCGACGGAUCAACCGAUGAUGUUGAGUCUCUCAAUUCCAUCCUGGCACACAAUGCCGCCAACUGCAAGAUCACAUACUUCCCUUACGGCGUCUAUACCGUGAAAGAUACCUUAAAGAUUCCAGUCGGCUCGCGAAUCAUGGGUGAAGCCUGGGCCGUUAUUUCCGGCGCAGGCGACGCAUUCAAAGACGCCUCGAAUCCCAAGGUAGUCGUCCAACUAGGCGAAGCCAAUGACGAGGGCGUGAUUGAGAUCCAGGAUAUGCGAUUCAGCGUCGGCGAGAUUCUCCCCGGCGCCACGAUCCUCGAAAUCAACGCAGCAGGCAAGAACCCCGGCGACGUGGCGCUGUGGAACACAAUCGUGACUGUUGGCGGAACGGCCGAGACGAGCAUCAAGGAUGACUGCGACAACCAGGAUACGUCUCAGUGCAUGGCGGCGUACAUGGUGGCUCAUCUCACCUCGACUUCAUCAGCUUACAUCGAGAACUUCUGGGGCUGGACGGCGGAUCACAAUCUUGAUGGCGGGUCUUCCAAGACGAUUAUCUCUACCGGCCGUGGUGUCCUUGUUGAAGCGACCAAGGGUACUUGGCUGACUGGUACUGGAUCUGAACACAACUGGUUAUACAACUACAACUUCCACGCGGCCCAGAAUGUGUAUGCCGGCCUUCUGCAGACCGAGAGUCCCUACAUGCAGGGCAAUGGUGCGACGCAAACUGCCCCUGCGCCCUGGACCGCAGAAACCUCAAUUGGUGACCCUGAUUUCUCCUGGUGUGACAAGAAUGAUCAGAAGUGCCGGACUUCUCUGGCUACCAACGUCGAUGGUGGCAAGGAUAUCCUGCUUUAUAACAGUGCGGCCUGGGCAUUCUUUGACGGCCAAUGGGAUGGCAAUUACGGUACUCAGUGUGAUGGAUCGUGCCAGACCAAUAUGAUGCGCGUGGCUAAUGAUCCUGAGAACCUUGUUUGGUACUCCAUUAGUACUCGCAAGACGGAUGUCAUGGUUCUCGAUGGCAAGUCGAACCCGAAUGAGGAGAACCACCCAGGUGGUUGGGAGGCUAUCAUUCAGUCUUAUAGACAGUUUGCCUCCUAG